AGAGCUUUGUCUCAAGUUGAGAGUAGCUGUCCAGUCAAAUUGGCUGCGUGCUACUAUGGACUUUCAGGUGCGAAGCUUUGUAUCUUCUGUGCUGGAAGAGGCAGUGGAUGACUUUGUGGACGACGUGUUGGUUGAUGCUCCUGACGAGGCGGCCGUGGUUGACUUCUUCCCAGAAGACUUCGACGACGAGAAGGAGCUCAGCGAGCUCAGCGAGCCAGAGCCCAGGGAGCUCGUGCGCCCGGUGAAGAGCAACUUCUUCCAGUAUGUAUGCAGGUUGCUGGAUGGCGCCUUGUCCGGGGAGGCCCAAGUUUUCGAGAAGCCGGGGCCGUGCCUGGCCGCUCAGAGCUACGCCCGGAGCAGGGUGCAGGCGGCCCGGAAGCUGCUGUGCCCUUACCAGGACCUGGCCAGGCCCUCGCUCCUUCCGCUGGACUGCCUCCCGCUGUCCGCACCCUUGGCCUUCUCUGUGCCACAGAGCAUCGUGCUGAGCGUGCCGCGGCCGCCGGCCAUGCCCCGGGUGAAGCAACCCCGUCGCAGGCCAUUCACAAAGUCACUGGUGAGCAUCGAUGCCAAGGCCAUCGCCGACACGGAGGCACCUCCAAGGCCCUCCGACAGGAUGGCAGCUUCCGCCAUGGCCCUGGAUCUAGGGAUCGAGAAAGCCGAGGAGAUGGGCAAGGCGACUGUCAACUUCAAGGGCUCAGGUUUCCUCCCGCGGAUAGACCUCUCUCCGAAAAGCGCGGGUGGUGCAGACGUCGUUGCAGGUGCUGGGCCUGUGCUGGGAGUUGUCGGAACUUUGACAUUCAUGAGGUAAAGUCCCAUUUGGUGCACUUGUAAGCUUUACAUCCCCAC